GCCCAGCUCGGGCGUCCUCUUCGGGCCCCGCUUCGGGCUCCGCGACCGGCGCUUCGGGCGGCCCCGGACGGCGCCUUCGGGAAGGCUCGGCGGAGUCCGGAUGGAGGACUCGGACUCGGCGGCAAAGCAGCUGGGCCUGGCUGAGGCGGCGGCGGUGGCGGCCGCGGCCGCUGUGGCGGCGGCGGCCGCGGCCGCGGCGGGAGGCGAGGCGGAGGAGCCGGUGCUGAGCAGGGACGAGGACUCGGAGGAGGACGCAGACUCGGAGGCGGAGCGGGAGACUCCGCGGGUCACGGCAGUGGCGGUGAUGGCGGCGGAGCCCGGGCACAUGGACAUGGGUGCCGAGGCCCUGCCCGGUCCCGACGAGACCGCCGCUGCCGCAGCCUUCGCAGAGGUGACCACAGUGACAGUGGCCAACGUGGGGGCUGCUGCAGACAAUGUCUUCACCACGUCUGUGGCCAACGCGGCGUCCAUCUCAGGACAUGUUCUGUCUGGUAGGACGGCCCUUCAGAUCGGGGACAGCCUGAACACCGAAAAAGCCACACUGAUUGUCGUCCACACAGAUGGGAGCAUCGUGGAGACCACCGGGCUGAAGGGCCCAGCAGCUCCCCUCACCCCAGGUCCUCAGUCUCCUCCAACCCCUCUGGCUCCCGGCCAAGAAAAAGGUGGAACUAAAUACAACUGGGACCCCUCUGUGUAUGACAGUGAGCUGCCCGUGCGGUGCCGGAACAUCAGCGGCACUCUGUACAAGAACAGGCUUGGCUCAGGUGGCCGGGGACGGUGCAUCAAGCAGGGGGAGAACUGGUACAGUCCCACCGAGUUUGAGGCCAUGGCAGGAAGAGCCAGCAGUAAGGACUGGAAAAGAAGCAUUCGCUACGCAGGCCGACCCCUGCAGUGCCUCAUCCAGGACGGGAUCUUAAACCCUCACGCUGCCUCUUGCACCUGUGCUGCCUGCUGCGACGACAUGACCUUAAGUGGCCCAGUCAGGCUUUUUGUGCCUUACAAAAGGCGCAAGAAGGAGAAUGAACUGCCCACAACUCCCGUGAAGAAGGACUCCCCCAAGAACAUCACGUUGCUUCCAGCCACCGCGGCCACCACCUUCACCGUGACCCCUUCAGGACAGAUCACGACCUCGGGGGCACUGACCUUUGACCGGGCAUCCACAGUAGAGGCCACUGCUGUCAUAUCCGAGAGUCCGGCCCAGGGUGACGUCUUCGCAGGAGCCACAGUCCAAGAGGCCAGCGUGCAGCCCCCAUGCAGGGCCAGCCACCCUGAGCCUCACUACCCCGGCUAUCAGGACAGCUGCCAGAUCGCCCCGUUUCCAGAAGCUGCGUUGCCAACGUCACAUCCCAAAAUAGUAUUGACAUCCCUGCCUGCGCUUGCCGUCCCACCCCCGACUCCCACCAAAGCGGCACCUCCUGCGUUGGUCAAUGGGCUGGAGCUGUCAGAGCCGAGGAGCUGGCUGUACCUGGAGGAGAUGGUCAACUCCUUGCUCACCACCGCGCAGCAGCUGAAGACGCUGUUUGAGCAAGCCAAACAUGCCAGCACCUACCGAGAAGCUGCCGCAAACCAGGCCAAGAUCCACGCUGACGCAGAGCGGAAGGAGAGGGGCCAGGCCUAUGGAACGAGGCGGCUGCUUCACCUGAACUCACCGCAGUGCCGGGAAAGGAGCCUCUGGGACAAGACCCAGGAGUGGAUCUGCAAAGGGUACUCAGGGUUCUCCCAGCGGCUCUGAACCCCAAGGCCAAGUCGCCCUCCAGUCACCUGGCUCCUGAAGCAAGCGGAGGCCCCUGUGGCCACAGUCAGUUCAGGAGUGAUGGUGACAUGGAGUCGGCUCCAACGAGGCUCCUGGCAGGGUUCACAUCCUCUGAGAAUAAGUCAUAAAGAAAGCACUCCCCAUGAGAUACACACUCCACCAGGCCGCCUCCAACCACAGCCUCAACUCCAUCCUGGGUG